AUGGAUGGAACAGGCACCAAAGCAGCAGUGCUGGCUGUAGGCUCUGCCAGCACCGCAUACAGACAGUCAAGCGUCAAGAAAACUUCGCGCGAUUCGUGGGGCAGUUCUGCUGCCACGCAGGCCUUCAAUACUAACACGAAUCGACCACCAGACCCAGAGCCGGUGACUCUGACAACGUCUCACGGAAGCUCCGCAGCGACUCAAGCUUUCCAUGCGAACCGAGUCCAGUCUGCCAAACUGGCCAAAUCACCACCACCCGCCUCCCCAAGGGAGAAGUCUCUGGUGGCUGCCAAGGGAGCCAUGUCGCCCUCAAAGCAAGGUACGCCGCGCUCCAGGCUACGGUCAUUUUCUAGCCCGCAGGAGUCGCCUUAUGGGGACGCAACAAGGGCGUCCGUGAGUGCUUUGAAUGGGGCGUCCAUAGCCCACCGAGCUGCCAUGAACCGGCCGCCGCCGGUGGAGGAUACUGGCGCAAUUCCAGUCACCACCAUGACCCGCAACAUGUUCACCUCACAUCCGCCCGUCCAGCCCGAAAUAGAUGAACAGACGAAUAAUGAAAGGAUUCACCAGUCGGCAGUUGAAAUGGCAAAGAAGAUGUACCGUCAGCAGCAAAUUCGACAGGAGGGUUCUCAAGAUAGUCAAGAUGUAGGUGAGACAUCAACGAAUCGCUACGUCGAUCUACAAGAUGCUGCAUACAGGCAAGCCCAAGAACGUCUCGCCAAGCUUCAAGAUGAGCAUGAGAAGAAUCGACGAUAUCACGAGUACUAUGGCGCAGACAAGCCUCUACGUCGCCGUUUUACUAUUGUCAACAAGCUGCGUCGUCGGUCUGCCAGUGACAGUGACAUGGAGGACCGCGCUCGAUCCGACAUGAUACGCCAACAAAUGACCAUGUUCUCAUCAAGACUUGACCAAGUGGACGAAGAAAAACGAGAGAGAGACAGAGAGGCCCUCUUGACCGCUGCACGACGGAACGUCAAAGCAAGCCUCCAGGGAAUGGACGAAAAAGUCUACUUUGAGACCGGAAAGGUCAAUCCGACAAUCUUGGGUGACUGGCAGACUAGAGCUCAGCAAGCUGCCCAGCUUCGACACGACACAAAGACAGAAGGUGACGAUAGAGUGGACAUUGGAGGUGGAGUAUUUAUGGGCGCCGACGAGAUCGAUGCCAUCGCUGCCAGGAGAGUACGACCCGUGCUGGACGACAUUCACGAAAAGGCGGAAGCAGAACGGGAGCGUCAAGCCUCGGCUCGAAUGGAAGCAGAAGCAAACAAAGCCGAAGCUGAGAGAGAAAAGGCUCGGGAGCGUGAGCUUAAGGACCUUCAAAAGAAGGCUAGAGACGAAGAUAAGGUGCAAGAGAAAAAUAGAAAGCAGCAGGAAAAGCAGGAGGAAAAGCAAAAGAAAGAGGAGGAGAAAGUCGCCAAAGCAGAACAAAAGAAGCUGGCUAAAGAGGAGAAGCGCAAGUCCAAGGUCGAGGCGACUUCCGGCGCUCACAACCAAGACAUCCGCCGCGAAGAGAAUGAAGAACAAGAAGCAGAGACGCAGAGCAGGCGGGGAUCCAGCGUCCCCGAGGUUACGACCCCGCCUCCGCAGAGCGCGGCUGCCGAUACCGCUGACGGCUCACACAAGAAGUCACCUGAAGGAGCAACCUCACCAACGGCACGAGUCAAAGGUUGGAUCAAGAAUCGAUUUUCGCGAGGCAAGUCUGUGAGCGAGCCUGGCGAAAAGAAGAAGAGUUUCGUCGGCGGCGCUGCGCUGAGAGACUCGGGCCCGGGUGGAAGCACCGGCAGCUUGGGGAACCGCUCUUCUAGCAUGCGUGAUGUCACGCUUGCUGGGAGGGGCGGCGAAGAGAUUCCUGAGAGCAAUCCUCAGCCUCCCAACAGAGACUCGCGCGGUGUGAGCCCAGUCAGUUCUGGCAGCGGAAGGAGUAGUGAGUUUGAGAGUUUCGAAACGCCAAGGGCUAUCAUGGAUCAACCGCCGCGGCAAGGAAAUAGCCCUAUGCGUGACUCUCGGUUCAAAGAAAUGAUGGAUCACUGA